AUCCUUACGUGUAUGAAACCCUAGGCCCCUUCCUUUUCUAGGGUUAAAAAAUCACCGUCGAGAACCUCUAUCAAUCGCGCGAUUACUUCGGGAGGAGAGUGGAAUUGGGCUUCAUAAACUGCUUUCCCUUCGAUUGUGGAUCUGAACAAUAGGAGAUUUGUCUGGAGUCGUUGUUGUAUCUGUAGGUUCUAUUUAGAACAAAUUUUGGGAUGGUUGCCUUGGAGUUAAGCUUCUGGAUCUGAAAUUAAGGCGUCAGUCUGCUCGUCAUGUAUAAUGGGUGAUAAAAUUUGGAUCUUAUUCAAUUUUUCUUUGAAUUUGGCAAUCGUUGAUGGAAAUUAGGGUCGAGAAGAUUGAAGAAUCUGAUAUACCUAAGAAGCCGAGAUCUUUGGAUCUCCAGAGUAUUUAUGUGAAAAGGCCAAGGAGUUCUGAGAGAAAAUCGUCGGUCAAGAAGGAGGUUUCAGUGUGGGAAGUAGAAAAUAAAGCCCCCCAAAAGAAGCUAGGCUCUCCAUUUGAAGAGGAUGGAGUUGUUCUUCCAAAAUCAAGGAAAAAAAACAAAAAAGAGGUAUUUUUGAGCAGUCUUGUUCCUACUUCUAAGAGGCAGCCCAACAGUUCAAAUGUCCCAAAAUCAAAUAAGGAUCACAUUUCCAGUGUUAACAGGAGCAAUGACACUUCCAAUAGAAGUGUUACUACAGAUAAUCUGCAAGGAACAAAUGCAGAUGCACAACAUUUAGCUAAUGAUCUUUACUCGCAGCUCUCAGGGAAGACAGAUGGUGCAUAUGUAACUGAUGUCUCUAAAAACAAAGUUUUUAUGAGUGAUAGUUUCCUUGCCCCAAAGCGGCGUAGGGGCAUUUCAAACUCAAGAAAAUGUAAAGAUCCUUUAAGCUUGGAAACUGAAAUAUCUAAUCCUUGCCAUGCAAAGACGAAUACUGAUGUUCAGGACAAUGAAUCAAUUGACAAAGACGAUUUGAAUCAGAAGGCAUUGAAUGACAAGAAGAGGAAGAAAAAGAAGAAAGUAGAAGAGUGUGAUAUGAGUGGGUCCCAUAAAGAUGAUUCUGCUCCAUCCACCAGUGCUGAACAUCUCAGUUUUAUCAAGGAUGAGAAUAGAAAAGCUGGAAACAGAAAGGAUCAUGUGAAGAUGUCUGAACAAAUGAAUCUUAGGAAUCGGGCACGCUCUGCAGACAAUAGUGUGAAUUCAGUUCCUGUUUCUCAAUAUGAUGAGGAAAACCUCGAAGAGAAUGCUGCUAGAAUGCUUUCUUCACGAUUUGAUCCAAAUUGCACUGAUUUCUGUGCAAAGAGAUUGAAAGGUGCAGCUGAUUCAGCGAACGACAUAUAUUUUUCACAAUCCAACACUGAGAGAAUGAAGGGUUCACAAGGUAAAGUUUGUUCAGUUGGUUCAGCAGGUUCCAGGACUCUACGCCCGAGGAGACACAACGGAAAAAGCUUUGCUCGGAAGCGCCGCCAUUUUUAUGAAGUCUUCUUGAGGGAUAUGGACCCUCAUUGUUUGGUGAAGCAACGAAUCAGAGUUUUCUGGCCUUUGGAUCAGAAUUGGUACUUUGGCCUGAUUAAGGGUUAUGAUCCUGUAACUAGGUUGCAUCAUGUCAAGUAUGAUGAUCGUGAUGAGGAGUGGAUUAACCUCCAAAAGGAAAGAUUUAAACUAUUGCUUUUCCCCAGUGAAGUUUCUAGCAAGUUUAACUUUGGGAAACCAGGGUUGGAAAAGGAAAACAAAGAAGCUGAAGAGGUAGACACUGAGGAGAGCAGUUAUUUAGGAAGCCUUGCAGAGUCAGAACCCAUUAUCUCCUGGUUGGCACGGACAACCCGCCGAGCUACAUCUUGCCCUUCCAAUACCACGAAGAUACAUCUUAGGGUUAGUCCGUUGAAAGAUACCGGUCCUUCGUUGUUACUGGAACCCCCCAAAGGAAACAUCCGUAUGUCUCAAUUGGAUAUGAGAUCUAAUAACUUAUUACCAAAUUGCAAAAAGUCAGAUCAGUUGUAUGAUUGGAACAUCAAUGGUAUCUCUGAGAGGAAGAGAAGUAUUGACUCUGAAGAGAAGAAGUUACCUUAUGUUUAUUUUAGAAAACGGUUUCGAAACAAAAAGGAAGAUUUUAAAACUAAACUGACACAACAUGCUGUUGAUUGUGAUCAAGGUGGUUUAGCAAGCAUUUCCUCCACUGUUAACAGUAUGGCACCUGUAUGGGAAGUUAAGGAAAAGUUGACCUUGGUGAACUUCCAACAAGUUAUUUUUGAAUUGAACCUACCACUUCAAUGCACUCUGAACUUCACUUCUCAAUGCCAAAGCUUUGGGCUCUUUCGGUCACUUUAUAUUGCAGAUCAUGGUGAACUGGUUUGUGGAUGGCCUGAUGUUCACAUGGAAGUAUUUUUUGUUGAUGACAUUCCUGGACUAAGGUUUAUUCUGUUUGAGGGGUGUUUAAAGCGUUCAAUCUCUCUUUUCUGUUUGAUCAUCAAGAUACUGAAUCAACAUGUUGAAAAGUACAACUUCACUGACACAGAAAUUCCAUGUUCAUCAAUUGUGCUAUGCAUUUCAAGAUUAGACAAUUCACGUGAGGAACUACUUUUUUUAAAUUUGUUCUCCAAGGUGGAAAGUUCAAGAUGGAAGCGCUUUGAGGGAAAGUUAAAAAAGCUUUGCACAAAGGAGGCAUCGAUCUCAACUCCAUACAUCCGUGCGAAUACAUUGUACUUUUCUACCAAUGAAAUAUCACACAGCUCUAAGCAAUUUGAGAAAUUCUGGGAAAAGACAAACCUUUUACAUAGACCUGAUAUGAAGAAAGCAGUUGAUCCAGUUUUGAAUAAUUUUGUUCAUUGUGUGCCUGAAGAGCGUGAGAAGCUUUUUCCAUGUUCCCUUUAUCUUGUGAAUGGAUCAUCCUUUUAUCCAAGUCUGUAUCAAAAGUUGCUGAUUGAAAAAGAUACAACUUCUGGAGCUCAGACUUCAGUUUCUUCACAAAAAAAUGCAGAUAAUGCUAAUACAUCAACAAUAUAUGCUUCUUCUUCUUUUGAUGACCCUUCUAAGCAAGCUCCAGAAAGGGUUGGUAGGUCAGGGCCCUGUUUCACUGAGGCUGCAGCUGACCACAUAUCAUCAAGCAUACAUACUUGGUCUUCUGGAACUUGUGGUGAUAGAUAUGCUGACACUAGUAGAGCUACUGGGCAUCAAGAUGUUGUAGCUGGUAUAGCUGGCAGUGAUGAUGUGGGGAAUAUUACUGGUCUUGGGUGUGUCGUGCAAGCUGAAAGAUCUCCAAAUGAGGCUGCAACAUCAGUGCAUGCCUUACAUUUUGGUUCUGAGUAUGCUGAAGAUUCGUUUCCUCUGAAGUCUCAUGAUGACAGACAUAUGAUCAGUACCACCAAUGUUGAGGCUCCUCUUCUUGAGGAAGUCGAGAAGCAUAAUCUUCAAAAAGGAUUGCUGAUUCAACCCCAUUGUUCCAAUUUGAUCCUUGAAGUGAAAGAACAUGGAAUCCACAGUCCAACUGUUCCACGAAGCAUGUGGCAUCGCGAUCGCCAUACUUCACUGUCACGGACAUUUAUUCACAGUCCGAAAUUGGGUUCCAUGGAUGUUAUGGCCAAUGGCGCUUCUAGUGGCUACAAGAGGCCUCGAACCCAGGUCUCAUAUUCAGUGUUAUCUGGAGAUUAUGAACAUGCUUCAAAACCUCUAAACAACCAUCAGAAGGUAUAUUCUCAUAAAAAGGUUAAGAAACUUGUGGUAAAUGCAUCAUCUGAGUAUUGCAGAAGUUCACAGAAUUUCUCGGAUUCACUUCUCUGUGAAGCUAAUGUCCUCGUAACUCAUGGUGAUAAAUGUUGGAGAGAAGUUGGAGCCAAAAUUCAGCUUGACUGUGAUGAUCAGAAGAAUUGGAGGAUUCGUGUACAGGUUUCAGGUGAUACAAAAUAUGUAUACAAGGCAUACCAUGUUUUGCAGCCUGGGACCACAAAUCGAUACACUCAUGCUAUGAUGUGGAAAGGAGGAAACGAAUGGACAUUAGAGUUCACUCACAGAAACCAGUGGUAUAUUUUUAAACAAAUAUAUGAAGCAUGCUACAACCAAAACAUUAGGGCUGCGUCUGUGAAAAAUAUUCCAAUUCCAGGUGUUAGGUUGCUCUCAGAUAUCAAUGAUGGUUUUAUUGAGGUGCCUUUUGCUAGGAAUUCUUUAAAGUACUUCCGAUAUAUUGGAACUGAGGUUGAUUUCGCCCUAGAUCCAUCUCAUGUGUUGUAUGACAUGGAUAGUGAGGACGAGGAAUGGAUAUCCUCGGUGAGAGUUUCUAUGGACUCCGCUGACAAUAAAAUCCCUGAGGUUAGAGAAGACAUGUUUGAAAAGGUUAUGGACAGGUUUGAGAAACUUACAUACACUCAACAAUGUGAGGAACUUACCAAUGAAGACAUAGAGAAAUACAUGGCUGAUGUUGGACAGACAGACUCAGUUGAAGUUAUUUACGACCAUUGGAGGCAAAAGAGAAAGAAGAAAGGUUUGCCUCUUAUUCGGCAAUUUCAGCCACCUCUCUGGGAACAGUACCAGCAGCAACUGAAGGAGUGGGAAUUAAACCAGAGCAGAAUGCCUAUCCAGUCUGGAGGUUGCUACAAGAAAGCAGAUAUAAUGAGGAAACCACCUAUGUUUGCCUUUUGUCUGAGACCAAGAGGCUUGGAAGUACCUUACAAAGAUUCAAAGCAGAGAUCUCAUAAGAAACUCAUGUUCAAUGGACACCAUAAUGUUUUAAUGAGAGAGCAAGAUAGCUUCCAUAAUCUGGGAAGAAAAAUGGAUGGUUUUUCACUUGGUGAGGCUACUGGUUCCAGCUAUGAAUCUUCCGAUUCUUAUCACGGGCUUCAGUCCCGAGGUACCUUUUCACCAAAGGAUACUGCAAGCACUGAAUCCUUGUUUGCUCAUGAUAGUUCGGAAAGGCUUCUAGAUGCAAGAUAUUCCCGAAGCAAUUCAAAGAGGAUUGAAGCGUUCCUAUCUCCUAGAUAUCCUCAAAGGACACUAUUCACAUAUAAUCAAAAAUCUAGAAAUGGAGUCAAUAAAUGGAAUUCAGAAUUUUGUGAAAGUUCCAGUGUCAAGCAAGCUCCAUUCAAUGGGUUUCAGAGACAUCAUGUUGAUAUGGAUGAGUUCAGGUUGCGUGAUGCAACAAGUGCUGCUCAGCAUGCACUGAACAUGGCUAAACUUAAGAGAGAGAAGGCACAAUGGUUGCUACACAAGGCUGAACUUUCACUUCAUCGAGCCACGGUUGCCCUCAUGACGGCAGAGGCAAUAAAAUCAUUCGAGGAAGACAUUGUUGGCGAUGGGUAAACACUGAGACAUUAAGGUUAUAUUUUCCAGAAAUAUAAUCCUUGAUUCUUCAGAGCUCUCAUUUUGCUGGAGAAGAUUUUCCUUAGAAAUUGGCUUCAAGUUUCCUUGAGAUUUCUUAUAGCUAAAGAAGCAAAUUGAAGCGCUAUCGGACAUGAAGCGUUGCCCAAAGAGAAUUUCCUUUUUGAGGAUUUUGUUCAGCCACUUCAGUUUAACAAUUUCAGCUUUCCUCUGUAGUUCUCUUUCAUUUGCCCCUGGAGAUAGUGUGUAGCUUUCAAUGCUAAUCCUGUACAGAUUUUUUUUCUCUCUCCUGUUUUCAUCUGUAUUUCUGAAAAUGUCUAGUGAUUGAUCUCUCUGCAUAUCC